AUAAAAGCUUGGUAUUUUCCUCAACAUAUGCAGUAACAAAACGUCAACGAUCUGAAGCAGUACACGCUUCUCGCUUAAAUCUUUUGUUUUGUUAGUGAAAUUGAAGUAUUGCAGAUAAAAUGAAACUGUUGAUAUUCGCCGGCCUCUUAGCUUUAGUCACUCUCGCCGUUGCUGAAGAGAAAUACACAACUAAGUAUGACAAUAUUGAUGUUGAUGAGAUACUAAAGUCCGAUCGGUUAUUUAAUAACUAUUUUAAAUGUCUCAUUGAGACGGGAAAGUGCACUCCAGAAGGGCGAGAGUUGAAAAAGACUUUGCCUGAUGCAUUGAAAACCGAGUGUGGCAAGUGUAGUGAGAAACAAAAACAAAAUACUGACAAAGUUAUUCGUUAUGUAAUUGAUAAUAAGCCUGAUGAGUGGAAACAACUUCAAGCUAAAUACGACCCUGAAGGUAUAUAUGCAGCGAAAUAUAAGAAAGAGGCAGAGAAACAAGGGAUCACAAUUUAAAAAUCACCUUCGAAAUAUAUGACUAACACAAAUUGUAAAUAGUUUUGUCAAUACGUCUUUGUAAAUAUUGCACAUAUCUAUGUGUAUACAUAUCUACGUAUGUAUGUACACAAUAUAUUCAUACAUAAAUAAAUAUGAUUUUGGGAAAGUA